UUGGGCUUGAGGUUCAUUUCACUAAUGCCUGAGAACUGCUCUCAUGUAGUUUUUUCUUGCUUCCAAGCGUGUGGACGCUUGAUCACUAGAAUACCUGGAUACCAAAUUCAUUGCUCCAAAACAAUGGCGAACACCUCAGAUCACCCUCUUUACCCCCCUGAUAUCAACAUCCCUCUUGGCUACGUCUCCAAUACGAUAAGCCUCACUGUGCUUCUCAGCAGCUUCGCUCUUGCCACCCUCGCCAUUAUUACCUUCACCUUAGCUAUUCUAAAAGGGCUCAAGCCGACGAUAUCUCGUCCGGACAAGAUACUUGUAGGAUGGUUCAUAUUCACUGGGAGUAUACACUUCUUUCUAGAAGGGUAUUUUGUAUACCAUCACCGGACAAUGCCUCGCAUGCAAGACCUCUUUGGCCAGCUGUGGAAGGAAUACGCCAAAGCGGAUUCGCGGUACAUGACUAUAGAGCCCUUUGUGCUUAUUAUGGAGUCGAUAACAGCUUUCGCGUGGGGCCCACUCUCCUACCUCAUUGCAUGGAUGAUCGUCGUCAAGUCCCCCUACCGCCAUCCAACACAGAUGCUCGUUUCAAUGGGCCAGUUUUACGGCGAUGUGCUGUAUUACGGAACGAGCAUGUUGGAGGAAUAUUAUCAUGCGCGGUCGUACUCUCGUCCUGAGAGGUAUUACUAUUGGGGAUACUUUAUUUUCCUGAAUGCUUUCUGGAUAUUUAUUCCCGCCUGGUGUAUGUAUCAAAGCUACUCGGCUAUGGUUGCAGUGUCUCGACUCUAUGCGGGUUAUGCUGGUAAAAAGACCGCAUGAAGGAGUCUGAGAUCUUGCGAGUUUUCACGACAUUGUCGCGUCACGGGUUACCAGGGUACACGAGUCAACCAAGUUUAAGCGGCAAUUGAUUGAUUGAUUCUUCAUGCAUUAUGCCCUAAUAUCUCUCUCUAAUCAAGGCUCUUCUAACUAACUAUAAGCUAUUAUACGUAGAAAAGAGAAAUUAAAUGGGAGAGAUUCGCUAACCCAACUGGGACUAGUGUAACUGCCUAUCUUGCUUCGUAGA